GCAGAUCUGAGUUCAAUGGAGUCAUCAUGGACACUUUGGAGGAGCCUGAAACUGAUCCAACAACAACAAUAUCCAUUGUAAUGAAGAGGACUUGCACAUUGCAACUCAUUCUUAUCUCAGGAUUUUGCACCUUCGCUCUUGGAUCUUCAGAGUUUCACCUUAUCAAAAUAACAAAGAGCUACAAUGAAGCAAAGACUUACUGCAGAGAGAUGUACACUGAUCUGGCUUCAGUUCACAACUUAACAGAUAUGAAUAAUUUGAUCACUUCAGUUUCAUUCAACACUUCCAGAGCAUGGAUAGGACUGGAGAGUCAGGGUGUGAGGAGGUGGCACUGGUCAAGGCCUUAUCAAAAGCUGGACUUUUUUAACUGGAGAGCAGGAGAACCACAAAAUACAGAUCAGGAUGCGUGUGCAGUGAUGGAUCCACUUGGCAAGUGGUUUGAAAGUGAAUGUGGGACUAAAAGGAGUUUUGUUUGUCAGGGAAAUGUUGAUACUGGUGGUCACAUUUUUGUUGCUGAGGCUAAGUCAUGGAGGGACGCUGAGAGUCACUGCAGAGACUUGUCUUCUGAACUUGUUAGCAUAAACUCAGAGGUGAAGAAUGAGGCCGUGCGUGACAUUUCUGUGUCACAAAAUGUGUGGAUUGGCCUCUUCAAAGAUCCUUGGAGGUGGUCUGAUGGGAGCACCUCAUCAUUUCGUUUCUGGAAACCAAGCCAGCCCAACUACCUUGAAGGUCAGGAUUGUGUUGUUGGUGUAUUCAGAAAUGACGGGAGGUGGAACGACCUGAAAUGUGGAGGCAAAAGAGAUUUUGUCUGUCGUGGGGCAAGGAAAGUGUUACCAGCAACCACCAUUCAGCCAAGCACACAGCUGAGCCAAACAACAAAUGAAAUGCCCACAAAUAUAACAACUUUUCCAAACACUUCUGAAGAGUUUACAAUAACAUAUCAUUUUAAUGUGACCUCUUUAAAUCAAUCAAAUGCACCCAAUGUUACCACCGAAGGAGCAGCAACAACUGUUACAGCUCUGACACCAAAUACCACAGAUAUCAUGCAAAGUAUGUCAAGCACAACGCUCAACAAUGAAGCUACAGAAAUGUCCACGGUGACAGCAAAGCAACUUCCCUCAAAUCAAUCAAAUGCACCCAAUGUUACCACCGAAGAAGCAGCAACAACUGUUGAAGCUCUGACACCAAAUACCACAGGUAUCAUGCAAAGUAUGUCAAGCACAACGCUCAACAAUGCAGCUACAGAAAUGUCCACGGUGACAGCAAAGCAACUUCCCUCAAAUCAAUCAAAUGCACCCAAUGUUACCACCGAAGAAGCAGCUACAACUGUUACAGCUCUGACACCAAAUACCACAGAACUCAUGCAAAGUAUGUCAAGCACAACGCUCAACAAUGAAGUUACAGAAAUGUCCACGGUGACAGCAAAGCAACUUCCCUCUAAUACCACUGAGCAAGCAACUACCAGUGGUGCCUCUGCAACAACAACACCGAUGAUGACUACAGCCAAGACCUCCACUCAAAUGAUCUCAACUACACAACCCCUAACUCCAAAGCCGACUGAAGACAGUCAGAGCCGGCCUCCAGGAAACCUGAUACUCAUCAAGAAAAACCUGACAUGGAUUGAUGCUAUGACUUACUGCAGGAUGCACCAUGUUGACCUUGUCCAUAUUACUUCUAAACACAUACAAGAAAAAGUGGCUGAAAAGGCAAAAAACUCCACAUCUCCCCAUGUGUGGCUCGGCCUACGCUACACCUGUCAUUUAAACUUUUGGUUCUGGACAAAUUCAAGGAACGGAUGCUACCAGAACUGGGCCCCAGGACAGGGAUCUGAUGGGAAAUAUGACUGUGAUACAACAGGUGCCAUUGAGGCCACUGGGGGGCAGCAGUGGGUCGGCCUAUCCCAGACACAGAAACUGAAUUUCAUCUGCUCCACAUGUCCUGGAUGAGUGCAGAGAGCUAGUGACGCUUAACAUUUUCAUCAUGUUGAUAGAACAUAUCUGUGUUGUACCAACUCUGCAGUUCUAUGUUGUUUUAGCAGUUCUAUGUGUAAUUGUGACAUUAAGCUUGUGAAAUAGAUUCAAGGACCUCACAGAUUUCUCUCUUCUGAUGUCAUGCUUCUACCUUUGUUGAAAUACAGCUGCCCUCUCCAUUGUUAAGCCUGAAUUUCAUUAGAUAUGAAAACCUCCUGUGGUGUGUAGGCGUGCACAUUCACAGUCAUGGGCAGCAAGAGUAAUGUGAGAACAUUGAUCCGCUCUUCGCCUUUCACUCAGGGGUUACUAUUUGCAUGUUGACCCCCUGGCUUGGGCCCCCAAGAUUGUCUUUUUGAGACCUCCAGAGUAAGGCCCCAGAUCCAGACUGCCUGCUGCCCUCACUGACCUGACCUUCACUAGCAGAAACAGGGAGAGACGGAGCUCACAGACGCUCUUCUUCCUGUCUGCACCCUUGACGUGCAAAGAGCAUCCACUGGCAUGGGAACUGGACACGAUGCAACAAAUUCAAAGAGUAAAAAUGCGUUAAACCAAUCUCAAAAUGUAUGGUAUGAAUACAACUCGGACUGAUUUCAUAUAAAC